AGAGAGUAGAUUCGAUUUUUGGAAAGAUAGAUCGCAUUGUUGGGGAUAUUACAGAUAGCUGGAAAGAUGGUUGACAAGUUUGUGGGGACCUGGAAAAUGACUUCCAGCGAUAACUUUGAUGACUACAUGAAAGCUUUGGGUGUUGGCUUCGCGACCCGACAGGUGGGAAACCGCACCAAGCCCAGUCUCAUCAUCAACAUGGACGACCAAGGAAUGAUCUGUGUGAAAUCCCAGAGCACUUUCAAAACGGUUGAAAUUAAAUUCAAACUCAACGAGCCUUUCGAGGAAACAACCGCCGACGACAGAAAAACAAUGACCGUUUUUACUCUUGAAAAUGGCAACCUUGUGCAAAAACAGAACUGGGACGGCAAAGAGACGACAAUCGAGAGAGAGGUGACUGGUGAUGGAAAGUUGAUAGCGAAAUGCGUGAUGGGGGAUGUGGUUGCGGUGAGGACAUACGUGAAGGAGGCGUGAUGGGUCUCGUGACCAUUUGUUCCUCGAUGAUUGGAUAACGACAGGCUCAGUUCAAUGAGCAGCAAAUGAGCAGCACAGCUGCACGUAUUUGCUCAUAUUCUUUAUUGUAUUGCCAACGCAUAUUUAUGCAUUGUACUACUCUAAUAUGAUACAUUUGGUUAUAAACAUUGUUUUGAUUUGAAUUAAAACCUUAACAUUG